AUGGUGAGAACCAGAGGAAGUGGCUCUCGGUUUGUCAAGGCAGUGGGUGGUUCGCUGACUGCAUCUCCAUCCCUCACCAAGAAAAAGGCUCGGAAGAGUACCUUGUCUCAUCCCUGCCACAUUGACGGUUCCAUCACCACGAGCAAAGCCGUGGUCAUUCCGGACCUUGAAGCCCCCAAAGUUCCAUCUGAACCUCCUUCAUCGGCGGCUCUGCUCGCCUCUGUCCCUGGGUCUUCCAAAAGGGGCCGAGCUUCUCCAUCAGAGGAUGUCUCUGAUCAUGGUCGUGAUCCUGCCAAACCACAUUCUGAUUCCUCAGGGUCACCUGAUGUGCUUGCACCCAAGAAGAAAAGCAAAGGUUGGUUCCAGGUCUCUUCUUCUCGAAAAUCUCCUCGUUCCAAAGGGCCUGAUCCUUUUGAUUCCACGCCAAAGGCUUCGUCUCUCGUGGGUUCUACUCCACGUUCCAAGUUUCGGUCGAAGGUAAAGAAAAUUCCUCCACCUUGUUCUUCUUCUGAAUCUGACCCUUCUUCAGAUUGUGUUCCCUCUGAUGAAGAUCCCCUUGAAGACGAUCCCUCUCUUGAAGAAAAUGUUGGCUCUGAAGAAGAAUCUAACCCAUCAGAGGACCCUCCUGUUUCACCAAAGGGCAAGAAAUCUGUGAAAAUUCUUGAGAUUCGCACCACAUCUCCUUUGGGUCCCAAAGUCUCUCCAGGUUCUUUAACCAGGCUGGAUGGUUUUGUUCCUAGAGUUGUUCAAGAAUUCUAUGCAAAUCUCAAUGAUGAUCUGUUUGAUAGGAGGUCUUUUAUGUUUGGACAAGUUUAUGUCCGAGGGAAUUGGUAUUUGUUUAAUGCUGCUGAAAUUGCCAAGGUUCUCAAUUUGCCCCCCACUGUUGACAAUGUUGCUGUGGAUUUCAACAAAGAUAAGGUGCUAUCGGAGUUGGUAGGACAUAAUAUGGUUUGGGAACCUCACUCGGUACUCAAAGUAACCGACCUUACUCAUUACUAUGCUGUGCUUCACAAAUUCACCACCAACAAUUGGAUUCCCACUACUCAUACCUCCACCAUUACUUUUGACACGGCCUUCUUUCUGUACAAAGUCAGAACUGGUCUCCAAGUUGAUCUUGCCUCUCUCAUUUUUGACCAGAUCACUACCUUAGGAAAUACCAAAAAGAAAGGCCAAUAUUUGGUGUUUCCUCAUUUGAUCUACAAGUUGCUUGAUUCCCAAAAGUCUCUUCGAUUGGAAUAUGAAAUCUUGACUCCUCCCACUGCCAGUGCAGACUACAAACUCAAGAAGGAACCAUCGUCCGUUAAGGCAACUAAAGGAAUUGCUCUCACGGCUGGCGAUGCUGAUUCUGUUGCUACUGAACUUGCUGGUGUCAAGGCCACUCUGGAAUCUGUUCAAACAGAAGUGUUCAGCCUCAAGAGUUGUCUCUCAACCAUGAUGUUUCACUUUGCAGCGGGUCCUUCCAACUGA